GGCCACAUUUUGAUCGUCAACAGAAAACGUACUGUUGUGUUCAGGACCUAGCAACAGAGGACCUGGCGGUGAGGACAAAGGGGCUGGAAUGCGGUGACCCGUUGGAAGGCUGAGGAGGGCCUCGGAGUCGGGCGCCAGGCCCACUGCGUGGCUGAGCCGAGCCGCCCGGAGGACCGUCCAGGGCAUCUGCGCGCGUCCGCAGGGCUGCCCGGCCAGCUGGCUGCUGUCCAGAGACGCCUGCUCCGUCGGGAGACGUCCCUGGUUAGGGGCUCAGCCUUCUUUCUUGUGUCUGUUUCAUUUGUUUGUUGUCGGUUGCUGCUUGCGUGCGCCCUGACCGGCAGCCUCGCUGCAUCGGAGGGUGCUCUGGGCACCCAGCGACCUGCCCAGGGGGAAAGUCGCUACAUUUUGAGGCUCUCGGCGAACGUUGCCAAAGCACCCUUCACCUGCAGAGCCUGAGGGUCAAGUGUCCCCGUUCUCCAGUGUGACGCUUCCCUCCCAAACCUAGCACCCGCACCCCCGGGGGGCCGCCCUCGCUGUGCCCGCUGUUGGUCUGUCGUUCCCCUGGGCACGCGGCCACCAUGAGCCUGCUCGUCUACAGCCACAAAAACCAAGUAAUGAGUUUCGCCAUCACCACCGUGGGGUGGAUCUUCUCCAUGACAUCCAUGGGCCUGGCGGAGUGGCGGCUGUGGUACGUGGACAACAGCUCCGCCUUCCCCACCGGGCUGGCCACCGUGGGGAUGUGGAAAGUCUGCACGUACCACCACGCCAACUACUACAAGACCCACAUGAAGUGCCACCGUUACGCCUACAGCGACGCCUACCUGCCUCUCGAUGUCCGCGUGGCGCAGAACCUCCUGCUGGCCUCCAGCAUCCUGGGGCUCCUGGGGAAGGUGCUCAUCGUCCUGGGCCUGGGCAACGUGUACCUGGGGCACCUUCAGAAGAAUGCCACCUGGACCCUCUUCAUUGCCUCGGGCGCCCUCAACAUAACAGCCGGGGUGGCGCUGGCGGUCACGGUCAUCUGGAACUACCACGCGGUGAUGAGCAGGGAGGGCAUAGACUUCCCGGCCGCCUUCAACAUCCCCUUCAGGCCCGACCGCCAGGAGCCGGGCAGCGCCGUGCCGGUGGCCGUCCUGGCGGCCUUCAUGAUGGUGCUGAGCGGGCUGCUCUCCCUGUCCUACCAGCUGCCCCCCGACAGCCAGGUGUACCCGGAGGCCGCGGAGGCGUGAGGUUCCGAGGACGCCGCACGGUGGCGAAGGCCGUUUGGAGCAGAAAGUGGCCAUUUCCUCCUGUGUCCAAAUUUGGCUCGUUGUUUAACUUCCAUUAAAAAUAAAAACCCAAAAAGUUCAAUUGCCCCACCUGUCUUCCUGAGUCUGGAUUGUAAUUACUGUUGUGCAAAUCAUCGAUACUAUACACCUACUGUAUGCAAAUUAGACUUUCUGGGACUCUCACAUCUCCCUCUUCAACUUCCACUAAAAAUAACUAUUCCCUGUGGCAUGGUCGGAACAUCUGUCCAUCAUAUAAAAUUUCCCCAAAUGUGCAAACGUAGAAUAGUAUAAGGAAGCCCCCAUCUCCAUUACCACGCUCAGCAGUUGUCGCGAUUCUGCCAUAUUUGCUUUCCUU